CUAGUACGGUAUCCGAAACUGCAGUAGACGACUUGACCAGUCCCCCGUCUCACAACAACAACAUGGCGUGGGGGGAUACGUUGGUGGUCGCCAAGACUCGUGAGCUUGUUAUUGUCUUGUUAUUGUGUGCCUCGACCCUUUCUCUUGACAUUGACCACAAUGGCUACAUUCUCUACUGCCCCUGUAUGGGCCGAUUUGGAAAUCAAGCUGACCAUUUCCUAGGAGCUCUUGGAUUUGCCAAGGGUGUGAACCGAACGCUUGUGUUGCCACCAUGGGUUGAGUACAAGCCAGGAGUUACAAGAUCGAUCCAGAUCCCAUUUGAUACAUAUUUCAAAGUGGAGCCUCUUGCUAAGUUUCAUCGUGUCAUGACCAUGCAGGAAUUCAUGGACAAAAUUGCACAGACUAUCUGGCCACCAGAGAUGAGAAUUGCUUUCUGCUAUGUACCUCGACACAACUCUAUUGGCUGCAAUGCAAAAGAGGGUAAUCCUUUUGGACCUUUCUGGGAUACAUUCGAUGUAGAUUUUGUUGGUUCGGAAUUUUAUCGUGGUCUCAGCUAUGAUGUCCACUACCAGAAUAUGGCUGAGCAGUGGAAUGAUCUCUACCCAGCACAGAAAUGGCCUGUGUUGGCCUUCACUGGUGCCCCAGCAACUUUUCCAGUUCAAGAAAGUAAUAGGCACUUGCACAAAUAUCUUGUCUGGAGUGACAGUAUACUAAGUAAAGCUCAGCGGGUUAUUUCCUCAUUGCCAAGAGGGCCAUUUAUUGGUAUACAUCUUCGAAAUGGAAUAGACUGGGUGCGUGCGUGCGAGCACGUGGAACACAGUCCGAACCUUUUCUCAGCGCCUCAGUGUUUGGGAUACAGGAAUGAGCAUGGAACAACAACAUUGGAACUUUGCCUUCCUUCAGAAAAUACAAUUAUUAAGAAGUUAAAGCGUGUUACUAAAUCCAUUGGUGCAAAAAGUGUUUUUGUUGCAUCAGACAAUGAUUUUAUGGUUGGCAAGCUCACUCAAGCAUUAAGAAAGAUGAAAGUGAGCGUCCACCACGGAGACCCUUCUGAGCCCCAUGUAGAUCUGGCCAUCCUUGCUCGUGCCAAUCAUUAUAUUGGCAACUGUGUAUCAUCUUUCUCUGCUUUUGCCAAGCGAGAGCGAGAUGUUAUGGGUUUUCCCUCAUCCUUUUGGGCCUUCCCAAUUGAGAAAGAAAAGACAAAGAAAUACGAGCAUAGUGAGCUAUAGCAUUAAUGAAGUUCUGGAACACCUUUAUAAGUUAAAAAUAUUUUGAGAACUAAUUGUAUUUACCAUUUGCAGUGUCAGUGUAUUUACAGUUAUUUAAAUACAGCAUUGUGAGAUGUCAUUGCCAUCAGUGUGAGGUGUCAGCACCACCAGUGUGAGAUGUCAUUGCCAUUAUUGUAUGGUGUCAGCACCAUCAGUGUGAGGUGUCAGCACCACCAGUGAGAGAUGUCAGCACCACCAGUGUGAGAUGUCAGCACCAUCAGUGUGAGCUGUCAGCACCACCAGUCAAGAGGUGUCAGCACCACCAGUGUGAGGUGUCAGCACCACCAGUGUGAGGUGUCAGCACCACCAGUGUGAGGUGUCAGCACCACCAGUGUGAGGUGUCAGCACCACCAGUGUGAGGUGUCAGCCCCACCAGUGUGAGGUGUCAGCCCCACCAGUGUGAGGUGUCAGCACCACCAGUGUGAGGUGUCAGCACCACCAGUGUGAGGUGUCAGCACCACCAGUGUGAGGUGUCAGCACCACCAGUGUGAGGUGUUGGCACCAUCAGUACAUUUGUAACAUGAAGAUGUCACCUAACAGUAUUGUGGCGAGUCUUGCCACUAAUAUACUGUGGCCAGCAUCAUGGGCUCUGGCCCUCUAUGUAUCAACUUUAAUUCCACUCGAGCCAAUAACAUUUUAUCAGUAUAUAAAAAAAACACAUGUACAAUUAUUUAUUUUUAAAUACAAAUCAUUAAUUAUU